UGAGUACCGCUCUCAUCUGUGCACUCUACUAAAUACAUAGUACUCCGUGUCCUUGUUUUUUUAUUGCAUGCGUGAACGUGACCACCCCAUCAAAUCCAUGACGUGGUGUUGUCGGAAGAGGAUCGUGUAGCAUGGCGUGUUCAUAUCUGAGUUUGUAACCUGUGAUCCGCUCAGUUAACUGACAAUCCGGUGUCGGUUUAGAUCUAGUUAGCGCAUAAUAAGUGAAGAGCAUGUGAGGCAUGCCACUGGUGUCAGACAUGGAGGAACCCGAGGCGCAUUCACAGGCGAAACCCACGGAGAGCUGCUUUGACAGGACGUUCGCGGCUUUAACCGUGGAUGAUGUUUAUGAAAUCGCUAAACUGAUCGGGACGGAGGUGGAGAAGCUUAUCGACGGCUUCGGCAAAGACAGCGUGGUGGGUCUGGUACCGAAAAUAGUGAAAGUGUUGGAGCUGCUGGAGAGCUUCGCUUCCAGGAACCAUGCACACAAACUGAAGGAGGAGGAACUGCUGAAGACCUUCGAGACCAUCCAGCUACAGCAGCAGAAGAAACGAGGAGGGAAAGACAGCGAAGAGAGCAACGACAGGAAUGAAAUACGGGAUUUGCAGCAGAAGGAGCAGCAGUUCAGGAGGAGGUGUGAGGAGCUGCAAGUGCAGGUGCAGCAGCUGCAAGAGGACAAGGAGGAGCUGCAGAGUCGGCUGAAAGGCAGCCAUGCAAAGGAGGAUCGUGUGCAGCGUCAGGAACGAGAGGUGAUGCUGAAGCUGAAGGAGGUGGUGGACAGGCAGAGAGAUGAGCUGAGAGCAAAAGUCCAGGAGAUAACCACCAUCUCCAAAGAAGUGGAGGCGCUCCAGGAGCAGUUGGAGCGCUUCAUGAAGAUGAAUGCAGAAUUGAGACACAAGCAGAACGUGCUUCAGGCUCAGCUGAAGAGCACUGUGGAGAGAAAGGCCGACAUGGAGGCCGAUCUGAAAGAGAAGAGCAAAGAGAUAGAAAACCUCCAAGCACUGCUGGACAGAACAAACAGCAACACCCCUUCCAGUCCAAGUCAGUCUACUCAAAAGUCAACCAAAAAGUCAACAGGAGACCAAAAGGAUCCUGAUAUGCCGUGCUUCACCAAGAAAGAAGUGCGUGACAUCAUUUCUGAGAGGAAUGAACUUAAAACCAACCUCUUUCUGGUGCAGGAGGAGCUCAACUACUAUCAGAGGGAGAUUUUGAACGAGGAAAGAUGUCCUGGUUUCCUGUUGGAAGCCGUUCGCUCUGUCAUCAAAAAAAGGAGAAAGCUCAUCAAGGCUAAGAUGCUUGGAAUUCCUGCGAAUGAAUGCAGCAGUGACGAAGAGGAGAAGAGUCCUCUGUUUGGGCAGACAGAAGUUGAUGGCACUGAAGUUGAUGACACUGAUAAACCAGCGGAGUCACGCAUUCGUAACCUCUUUGGCUUCCUGACGCGAUCUGGCAGCGGCCGGAGCCCCACCCACAUGAGCAACUCCGCCUCCACCUGGGAGAUCAUUGGAGACUCUGAGGCCAAUGAGGACACGGAGCAACAGUCCUCUUCCUGAACCCGUUACUGACCUGCAACCAAACACCCUUUUCUGUCACAACUUAUUCCUCAGCUUGUAUCAGAACGCCUGGCUCAUGCUGAGGACAGAAGGACAUUUGAAAACACUGGGUGUGAGCAACACGUGGACAUUUUCUAACAGGACAUUUUGUCUUGUUUCUUCCAUUUCCUCUUGUUAAUUUCAGUCUUAUCCUGAUUUCCCCUUGUUUUUGUCACAGAGUAUAAGGUACAAUGUACCACAGUAUUAAGAGGGAAGCAUUUUAAUAUGGCCUGAAAGCUUUUUCCUUGUGUAUGUACAGUGAUGUUUUAGUAUGCAUUUUGGAGGGAAGAUUUUUCUUUUGUCAUUGAAUUCUUAAAAAA